AUGAAAAGGGGCUCGACGCCGCCCAUGUCGAUGACAACAGAAAGCUCAUCAUCAUCAUCAUCAUCAUCAUCAUCAUCAUCAUCAUCAUCAUCAUCAUCAUCAUCAUCAUCAUCAUCAUCAUCAUCAUCAUCAUCAUCAUCAUCAUUAUCAUCCCCCUCUACGACAGCUGAACAUUCAAAGCGACCAAGAACCUCAGUUUCCACAACACAUUCAACUACACCAACUGUUACCACAACGGCAUCAUCAUCAUCAUCAUCAUCAUCAUCACCACAAACCACUUCUUCAGAAGCGGUAACGAUGUACGAGUACGAGCAGAUCAUCACCUUCGACCAGCCCAUCAUGCUUGCUGGCUCCUCCAGCAGUUUUUACCCGAGCCAUAAUGCUAAUAAAAUGAGGUCAAUCAAGUCUGACGACCCGCUGGAUUUGCGUGGGCCAAUGGAGGUGGACGGGUCUGUCAAGUCUAUGUCUUCUGUCACCUUUAGAGGGGACUUCUCUGUGAAAGAUCGGAUUGAGGCAUACGGAGAUGUGGAUAUUCAGGGCAACCUGUCUUGUGGUGGCAAAUUCAAGAGCAUGGGCAAUGUAAAGAUCCGCGGAAGUGUGGUUUGCACGGACAAAGUCAAGGUUUUUGGCAAGCUCAGGAUACACGGCACUCUGGAAGUCCAAGGGGAUCUGGAGGUUUACGGUAGUCUGACCAUUGAUGGAUAUCUAAAAUGCAAGAUCCUAACAGCAUACGACUCCCUUACCACCGUGGGCGACCAGUCCUGGUAUGAAGUUGAGCAGGGAGAGACAGUCCAGGGCGCAAAGCUAAUUCAGCGACAUAAUUAUGCCAACUGA